AUGAAAUAUUCUGAUGAUUCUCAUUUCUAUACAGACCAAUCUUUUACAGAUGAUUACUAUAUAUAUGAUUCUUAUGCAAAUUCUUAUAAUAAUCCUCAUAAUAAUGAAUUUGAUAAUUUGGAAAAUAAUGAAUCAUCCCAAGCAGAAACUGUUACUAGUAAGAAAUGUUUUAUAUAUAAAUCAUUCAUAUGGAACUAUUUUGAUAAAGAAAAAAAUAGACCUUAUGCUAAAUGUAGGCUUUGCCCUAAAAACAAAGGAAUAAUAAAAUGCACUAAAGGCUCAACAUUAAGUCUUAAAAAACAUUUUACUAUACAUAAAGGAAAGGUGCCUGAAUUAGAUAAAAGAAAAUCAAAUAUCGCCAUUGUAGAUAUGCUAAAAAACCAAUCAUCUGUUAAUAAUUGUCUUUGUGAAUCUUUUAAUUUGGCACAUUUUAAAAAUCUUAUCAAAUGUUGGAUUGUUAAACACAAUCGACCAUUUUACAUUAUAGAAGAUGAUGAUCUCAAAGAAAUAUUCUUAUAUUUAGAACCUAAUGCAAUUGCACUAUCAGCUGAUUUAGUAAGAAAACAUAUUACAAAUGACUUUAGAGAAGAAUGUAAUAAGCUUUAUGAAAGAUUACAAAAAAUCUCUGGAAAACUUUUAAUAACGACUGAUAUUUGGACAACAGAUAAUAAUGAUAAAUCAUUUAUAGCAAUUACACUUUAUUAUAUAGAUACAUCUUGGAAAUUAAAAAACAUUCUUUUAGAUUUUAUAAAUAUAAAUAGAUCACAUUCAG